ACAAUAAAUAACAAAUAAAGGCACCGGGACGCGUUAUAACCGGCACAAAUGUGCCGGUAGCCACAACCAACUGUCAAUUGUCAAAACAAAAAAAAUUGUUUGAAGCCGAAAAUGCCCCCCAAGUUUAAAUUUUCCGAAGGCGAGAAGGUUUUGUGCUUCCACGGCCCGUUGAUUUACGAAGCCAAAUGUCUGAAGUCGACCAUAACCAAGGACAAGCAAGUGAAGUACUUUAUCCAUUACGCUGGUUGGAACAAAAAUUGGGACGAAUGGGUGCCCGAAAGCCGUGUCCUCAAAUACAACGAGGCCAACGUUGCGAGACAAAAGGAGGUGCAAAAAGCCCACUCGACUCAACCCAGCAAGACGAAAAAGGCCAAGAAGAGUAAAACCGACGCCACGAAAGACAUUGACUCGAGAUCUAGUACCCCAAAUAAUGAACUGAUCAAAGGGGGGAAGAGCAAAAUAAGCACACCGUCGAGUGGGCAAGACUCGGGUUCAGACGUGCCCCGGAAGAAAAGGGGGCGGUUGGACCCCUCGGUCGAGUCCGAGGAGCAAUUUUUGAAUAAGGUUGAAAUCAAGGUUAAAAUCCCUGACGAGUUGAAACCUUGGUUGGUGGACGACUGGGACGUAAUUACCAGACAACGAAAACUCGCAAAUUUGCCGGCAAAAGUCACAGUCGAGCAAAUUCUGGACAACUAUCUCGCUUACAAGAAGUCAAUCAAGUCGAAUAAUUCCAGCAAAGAGUCGGCUACGAUUGAAAUCGUCAAAGGCAUCAAGGAGUAUUUUAACGUGAUGUUGGGGACGCAACUUUUGUACAAGUUCGAGCGGCCCCAGUACGCCGAUAUCUUGCAAACCUACCCCGAUAAGCCCAUGUCUGAGGUGUACGGUGCCACUCACUUGCUCCGUCUGUUCGUCAAGCUGGGGGCCAUGUUGGCGUACACGCCCCUCGACGAACGCAGCAUCCAACUCCUGCUCCAGAACAUCCAAGAUUUCUUGAAAUAUCUGGUCAAAAACAGCGCCCAAUUGUUCAGCCUGCAAGACUACGGGAACGCCACACCUGAAUACCACCGCAAGGCGCUUUAAUUGUGAUUAUUUUAUUAAAAAUAAUAGAAAAGCAUUA